CUUGUUUAUGAUGAUAAAUGACAUCGAUCUAUCACUACAGUUGGCUGAAAAGGAGCUGGACAUGAUGAAGACACAGAUAAGUUCAAAGCAUUUGGCUAUGACCACAUACUAUACCGUUUAGUAAUAAUAUUCAAGACUGUCAACCUCAAUAAAACAUUAUCUGGCUUUGUUAGAGUGAUUGCUUUAACCUCUUUGUCUGGAGGAAAAGCUAAAUGUUCGGGAUGAUGGGGAAUUGUAUGUCGUGGUUGAAGAGGCGUUCCAAACCUGGAAGGCAACUGACCCUGGGUAUAUUUGGUAUUGAUAAUGCUGGGAAGACUGUUACUACUCGUGGAUUACAAGGAGACACAAUAGAUGAUGUUGCACCGACCGUUGGUUUCCAAAACAAUGAUUUCAAAUUUGACCGUUAUGACAUCACGCUUUACGAUCUUGGUGGUGGCAAAAACAUCCGUCCAAUUUGGAAGAAUUACUAUACAGAAAUUUAUGGCAUAAUUUACGUCAUUGAUUCAAGUCAACCCGACCGAAUAAUCGAAACGAAAGAAGUCUUGUCAGAGUUACUAGAGAAUGAUAAGGUUGAAAGGAAACCGAUUCUCAUUUUAGCUAAUAAACAAGAUUGUGAGGGUGCUCUAGAUGAGUUAGAUAUCUGUGAUAGUCUGGGUCUGGAGGAGAUAGUCAAUGUACACAAAUGCCCUUGUAGAGUGGAAAUGUGCAGUGCGACGCUUGGUCAGGGGAAAAAGUUGGAUCGGGGUAUCAAAAUGGGCUUCCAAUGGCUCCUUGACAGAAUUGAUGCCGAUUAUGAUGAUCUUCAUGCAAGAAUCUCUGCCGAUGUUGAAAAGCAGCAGGCCAUUGAGGCUCAGCAGAGAAAGGAACGGGCCGAAAGGGUUCGAAAAAUAAGAGAAGACAGAGAAAAGAAAGAGGCUGAGGAACGUCGACUGCGGGGUGAACCUGAUCCAAAAGAUGAUGAAGAGGAUAUCGAUACUGGAAAUCCUUUCCAAACAAUAAAUGACUAUGUGACUGAACGAACCAACCCCUCGGAGAAAAAGGACUCUGAGAAGAAAGUGAAAGAAGCACCUGAAGAAAAUGAUGAAAAUGCGGUGGAGGCCACAGUCAGUCCCAGGGUCUCUAGAAUCGAUUCUUUGACAAGAAGCCAAGAAGGUGAUAUCAUUAUGCAAAGACAAUUAAACGAGAAUUCAAAUCACUCAGUAGAACCUGCUGAUCCUCCGGUCAAUCCGUAUUUGUCUCAGGUUAAGUCUAAGUCAGUACAAAGGUCGGGGUCGCCGAUGCCAGUCACAGUGGGGACGCCACUUGGUCUUUCGCGGAGUCUGGAUGUGGAUAAUGACGAUGAUGAUGAUAUUGGAGGGGCGCCUAUGCCAAGGCGCCUUCAAUCCUUAGAUGGUGGAGAUCAACAGCCACCUGAAGCUGGAGAAAAGAAGAAGAAAAAGAAGAAGAAGAAGAUAAAAAAGAAUCAAACAGUCCCAUUAGUAGAAGAAGAUGAAGGCCUUGAUGGAGCCUCACCACUUCCGCCCCUUGCCCUUGGGCCACCAACAAACUGGCAAACUCCUAGUCCAAGAAGUAAUAGACUUGAGCCGCUGGGUGGCAUUCAGCCUAGGCCUUCACCGAGAACUACUCAAUCGCAGAGCACAUUUGAUGGGCCACCUUCUCAUGUGUCUGCUUCCGCAGGUAUGGAGAAAUGGGGUUUUGCUGAAGAUUUGCCUGAAGUAAGUAGUGACAUACACAUGAGGAGGUUUGGACCAAAUGCUGACAACGAUGACAUCAUGACGUGAAACCGACAGUAUUUGGUUUUAAGAUUUCUGAGGGAUUACCUAGAAAUGUGUCUACACUGAGUUAGUGGUGUACCUACCUGAAUUGAAAAGUAGGGCUACUCUCUUAUUUUUUCAGUCUUAUAGGUUCCCUCCGCUAUUCACCACUCCGUCCAAUCCCGUUGGUGCAUAUACUGUAACUGUUUUUGUUAUGAUUUUGAUUAUAAUGAUUGAAAAACAAUCAAUUCUACAUUUUAAUUGAAAUCAAAUUUAAUUGGGGAGUAAUGUGGAAAUAGUGGGGUGAGUAAUGAUGAAGUGAAUGAGACAUUAAAUUAAUACUUAGUUCUGUAAGAAUUGAUAUUCUUAUCUGUAGAGAUAAAAAAUUUGUUUGACCAGUUCUUGUAGCUUUUUAAAAUUAUUUGACACAGCUGAUUUCUGUGAUCUAUGGCAUCCCUUCAGGUUGUUCUGUUUGAGGCCAAUAUCUCACUUAAACUUCGCUCUGCUAUUUUAUGAAAUGCCUCUUGGUAUCACAGGGAUUCUUUUCCAUUCAUACAAUAUAGCGAUCCAUGAUAACAUGUACAUGUAUUUCACUAUUGCUUCAAUGAUGUCCAAUAGAAACUUCGAUGUAUCUGCCAAACUUUUGUCUAUGUGUCAUGUUCAUUUGUUAAGUAUUGUUAUUAAGGGUCGUCCAGCAAGUGAGUUGGCAAAAAUAAAAUCAACGCUGUUAUUUGUAUUAUUACUAGUUUAAUGUAUAACCUGUUAAUGUUUAGGCUUGGUUUAAAUAUUGCUAUGAGCAAGGACAAAGACAUGUCUUCGUUUAUAUUCUUGCAAUCAGCAGCCAUUUAUCCAAAGAUUUGAGGUACGGAGUGCCCCAACUCUUGAUAAAAGUCUGUAAAAGUGACCACAAGUUUGUUGAGAAUACCUGUCAGUUAGAAAGUAUGCCAUGAGGGUAAAAAUGAAAUCAAAACUUGGACACAAUUGACAUCAUGUCUUUGUCGCACACUGUACAACGAUGAGUUUUGAAAAUGAUUGUAUUGUGAUAAAUGUAUAUCAAAUUGUUUUUUAGCCAUCCAUCCACCUCUUCAGAGCAAUAAGCAUUUAUUUGAAGAUCUAACAAAUGUUACAUGUUCUCAACUUCUUGUGUGGUACUGUUGAUCUUGCCACAACAGUGUAUCUAUCCACCACAACAGUAUAUGUUAGUCCAUCCACCACAACAAUGUAUCCAUCCACCACAACAGUAUAUGUAAGUCCAUCCACCACAACAAUGUAUCCAUCCACCACAACAGUAUAUGUUUGUCCAUACACUACAACAGUGUUUCCAUCCAAUCCAAUGCAAAAGUAUGUUCGUACCUAUGUCCCUAACCCUUCACAGCAGUCUGCCCAUCCAAGCACAGUGCAUGACGUGUACAUAUGUUUUGUGUAUAAACAAUUUUAUAUUCUGAUUUUAUAGAAUUUCCCUCCAAGGCUCCAUGUAAUAUAUAUUGUUUCAGAAAUCAAGAUUCUCACACAAUGUUGUACAUAUUUCAUAUCUACAUGUAUUCAGAUGGUUUAAAAUGGGGAGUUUCAGGGGAUAGAAAUGAAAUUCUAGGUCUUAGCCAAAAAGUUGACGUAUUACAGUUUGUAGUAAUUGCCUACCAGUUUAUUUUAUCAAGUGUCUUCUAUACUUAAGAAGCUGGGAAAACCAGAAAGCAUUGUUAAUGAUACAUGUAAUAGUGUUUUAAUAGUUUGAAAGAAAGAUACUUAAGAGUCUCUCUCAGUAUAUACUCUGCCACUGUUUCAAAUAUAAUUUUACUGUGAAACGAAAGUCUGGUGUUCAUUUUAUUCCUUUUGCUGAUCCAUAAAUUAGUCCAGUCUCUUUCAGGAAUCCUUUGUUAUGAUCACUUGAUGGGUCUAUGUCUUUCUUCCCGACAGUGUCCUUUUCACUAGGUAGUUACAUGGAGGUUCUGUGGAUAGCAAGACAUAGACCUGACAGUUCCCUCGGGUGGGUCUAAGACUCAAGAGGGGUCACCUGGCCCUUACUUGUCAGUAUUUAGUGGUCAAAUUCAAAUAUGUUUUUGAAAUCAGGGUUGGCGCGCCCAUUCGCAUUUUCGCCACUUGGGAAUGCUGCACAUGAGUGGCGAAUAUAAAACAAUGUCUGGCUAAAAAUUUUGCGAAUUCAAUUUGAAUUGCCAUGAUUUGGCGAGAGAGUAAUAGUGUUGUGCGAAAAUUGAUCAAAGUCUGUCAAAAAGAUCCACUUCCACACCAAAUGCACCAAGGAA